ACUUUUCUUUUCUCUCUCUCCAAUUAUUUUUUCUUUUUUGUAUUUUUUUUCCAUAACAAGGAUGGACUAAAAAUCAGCUCUGAACAGAAACAAAACCCACACACAUACAUACUAACGCCUCUGAGAUGCAUCUCUCUUUGUAUGCCCUCAAACACUUGUUAUUCAAAGCUUCAACUUUCAACUCUUCCUUGUCAUCGACUCAUGCUUUUUAGAGACUAUUUGGAUUGGUUCUGUCUCCAAUAUGGAUUUUGAGGUUCUGGGUUUGGAGGGUAUUGUGGUCCCUGGUAAUGGAACUCUAUCUCAAACUCGACCACCUCCACCACCAUUCCUCUCAGCUGAGGCCAAGCCUAAGAUUGUUGGAUCUGGGUUUUCCAAGCAAGAAAGAUCUUCUGACUCAGCUGAAGAUCACUGGAAAAGUUCUAAGUUACCCAGAACUCAUGAUUUGUCAACCCCAAAUGCAAUGCCAUUGCACCAAGGCACUCCCUUGUUGAGAUCUAAUUCCUUGGUCUCGGCUUGCACUCACCAACAAGAGCAUAUACUUAGCUUGUCUUCACUCAAAUCUGAGGUUUCUUUUAUCAGCAAAGACGGUGGCUUUUCUUACUAUCAGCAUACACCCUCUAUGUAUAAUAGAAAUGCCGGUUAUGGUUCUGGAAGCUUGAAUGCAAGCAUGCAUGGGCCUCUUACUGGGGUUAGAGGACCUUUUACUCCAUCUCAGUGGAUUGAGCUAGAACACCAGGCAUUGAUCUACAAGUACCUCACGUCUAAUGUGCCUGUACCUUCCAAUUUGCUCAUUCCUCUCAAUAAGCCCCUCUACCCUUAUGGCUUGUCCAGCUCAUCUGCUGGAUCCUUGCCUCCCAAUUCAUUGGGAUGGGGCUCUUUCCAUCUGGGGUACUCCGGCAGCACUGACCCUGAACCAGGGAGGUGUCGUCGAACGGAUGGAAAGAAAUGGCGGUGCUCCCGGGAUGCUGUUGCAGACCAAAAGUAUUGUGAAAGGCACAUAAAUAGGGGCCGCCAUCGUUCAAGAAAGCCUGUGGAAGGCCAGACUGGCCAUGCUGCCUCUGGGACCACUAAUUCAAAGGUGAUGCCAAUGUCUUCCUCCAUGUCAGCAUCGGUGAUGACAAGUGGUGGUGCAUCCAACUGCCUCACAAUUGCACAGCAGCCCCAGUUUAAGAACUUGCAAUCUGGUGCUGCCAAUCCUUCUGCCGACACCCUUGUCAACAGAUUGUUUCUAAAAAUUGAGGGUGUGCAUGGCAGAAUACAAGAUCCACGGGGGCUUUCCGUGAUGUCUUCCGCCACCAACCUGAAAUCCAACAACUCUACAUUUACCAUUACGAAACAAGGUAUUCCAUUUGCAGAACCCUCUCGAUCAGAUUUUGGACUUGUUGCCUUUGAUUCUCUUGUUAAUCCAUCGCAUGGAAGUUCCUACAUGAAUUCUAAAGAGUAUGGUCCAUUCUUAGACUUCACUGAUCAAGAAACCCAAGACCAAAAUACACUUCGCCAAUUCAUUGAAGACUGGCCCCAGGAUCAAUCUAGUCGUUCUGUCAUUACUUGGCCAGAGGAGUUAAAAUCAGACUGGACCCAACUCUCUAUGUCUAUUCCUAUGGCAUCUUCAGAGUUCUCAUCAUCCUCGUCCUCACCAGCACAAGAGAAACUUGCCCUUUCACCUCUUAGAUUAUCUCGGGAGUUUGAUCCAAUCCAAAUGGGUUUGGGAGUGAACAGUGACAUUAGUUACCAGAACCAAAAACAAGCUAACUGGAUACCGAUAUCUUGGGGAAGUUCAAUGGGAGGUCCUUUAGGAGAGGUCCUAACCAACACCACAAGCAAUGUGGGUAGCUGCAAGAACUCAUCAGUACUUAGCCUCUUAUCUGAAGGGUGGGAUGGCAGCCCACAGUUGGGAUCUUCGCCGACAGGUGUGUUGCAGAAGGCACCUUUUGGUUCACUUUCAAAUAGCAGCUCAGGGAGCAGUCCUAUAGCUGAGAACAAGAAGCCCAAUAAUGGUGUCAGCCUUUGUGAAGAUGUGCUUGGCUCCACUCGGUCCCUUCUGUAAUCAGAAGCUAAUAAUAUAAGCGAGAAAAGAAGGAAAUUGUAGAAAAAACCGACCCUGGAGCCGUUUCAUUAGAAGAAGCAGCUUGAAGAACUUCAGUUUGUCUAAUUAAUUUCCUUUCAUCUUUGUUCUUUUAACUUAAUGUUCUUUAAUUUUACAAAGUAGGAACUUGGUUAUAUCCUAUUUAAUGGAUAUUGGACAUUCUGGAACAUGUGGAUUUGUGGGUGUAAGAGUGUAUCUAUCUAUCCAUAGUUUAUGAGUUUUAAGAAGUGAUUUAUGAUCUGAUUAAUUGUCUCAUAUUCUGAAUGGAUUUUGGUCUUUGCAUAUUAUUGGAUAGUGCAGCUUAUCUUUUUUCAAUUAUAGGUAGUGAACUUUACAUUCUUGAAGACCUGAAGAACAAAAAUAAUUCGGGCUGCGAGAUUGAGGUUGUGUACGGGCUGGACCCCAUUGUAACAGGAAAAGUGGGGUAGAAGCUGGUCAAUGAUCGUGCUGAAACUUCCAUCAUCAUAAUAUAUGGAAAACUUCCAAAAUACAUAUUGAUCAUUGACUCUGCUGGGCCAUUUUGUGGCAGACCCCUUCCUAUCCUU